AUGUUCACGUCCACCGGCAGCCAGUUCUUUCGGAAAGCUGCACUUUGUGCUCUCACUAUCAGCAGUUUGGUCAACUUACUUGCUAUCCGAAGUAUCCAGAAAGGUCCCACAGUCGAUGAUAGCGCGUACAGCUACAUUGGCGAUGACUUUCCAACUGAGCUUCCCAUUGUACUUGACACUGUCGAGAUGGUAUUUGAAGACUUCGCGCCAGACGGCCAUUUCAGCCAGACCGGGCUCAACUCAUGGUUAGAAUGGCAUGCAGUGGAUUACUUUCCCCGAGCACACGGGUUUGUCAGCUUAGGACCGCAGGGGCGUCAAUUUGGCGUAUCCAUGUUUCACCAACUGCACUGUCUCGAGAUGCUUAGGGAGUCCAUGAUUAACGGCCCUGACGGACACGCAGCGCACUGCCUCAAUUUCCUGCGUCAAGCGAUCCUCUGCAACGCGGACACCACCCUAGAGACGGGGAGGGGGAUGACACAUACAUGCAGGGACUGGACACAGGUAUACGCGUACAUCAAACGAAACCAGAUGAGCUCUAAAUGGCCUGUUUCGCACAACAACCAAACUGAAGGCCAUGUACACGACAAGAACUGA